AUGGAUAAAUCUUCUUCUUCUUCUUCUUCUUUAUCUUCACAAAUUUCUUCACCACAAAUUAUAUCCUUACAAAAUUCUUUUAAUAAACCAAUUCCAUACCUUCCACCCGAAAUAGUAACAGAAAUAGUUUCGUAUAUUAGCGAAGACGAUAUAAAAUCAUUAUAUUCAAUAAUUCAAAUAAAUAAAACAUGGUUUAAUUGUUCAAUUCAUGUAUUAUGGAAACAACCAUUUAAAUAUACUUCAUUAACAGGUUAUUCUAAAUUACUUAAAAUUUAUAUUUGGUUCUUACCUGAAAAAACUAAAAUGGAAUUACGAAAGAAUGUUUUUAAAUUCGAUGUUAAAGAAUUUAAUAAAAUUCCUACAGUAAAUUAUUUAAAUUAUUUAGAGAAUUUAGAAUUAGAAUAUCGUAGUUUAUAUUGGGCAAUUAAACUUUUAUUACCUACUUUAAAAAGUGAAGAAAAAGAAGAAAUUGAAGAAGAAGAAAAUCAUGUUGAAAUUAAAGAAAGAAAGGAAAAAGAAGAACAAGAAGCAAAAAAUUUAAGAAAAGUUCAAGCUAACGCUUUAUUAAAGGAAUUAAUUAAAUUGUACAAAGAAAAUUGUCCCAAAUUGAAAAAAUUUAAAAUGAAUGAUCCAACUGAACAUUUGAAAUUGACUGUAGACGAAUUGGAUCAUAUCUGUACAAAUCCAACAGAUCAAAAAACAAGAAUUUAUCGUUCCCGUCGUAAACUUAUAAUCCUGUCUCUUAUACACAUCUAG